UUAGCUACUAGUUUUGUUUAUUAGAUGCAUUUCUAUACGUAAAUAAUACAUAUAUAAAUACCAACAUGAAUACAUCCUCAUAAAUACGUAUUAGAAUAUUAACGCGUUUCUUCGUGUUGCGAGCUAACUAAUCACAGCCUGAAAUGACCAGGUCCAGUUCGAAUAGCACCUGCACAGCAGCUGCGAAAGUGAACAAACACGGUAGAUCGAAAAGCACCAACUAUCGUAGCUGUCGCGGCAGGGCCGGUGCAGAAUCCGCUCCGAGUGCUUCUGCAAACAACGUGAGCAAAUCUUUGGGAGGAGGAAAAGAAGAAAAAGAUGGAGGAGUGCUGUUUUAUGUCAACAAAAGUGGCUUUCCAAUAGACAGUCAGACCUGGGAGAGGAUGUGGACUCAUGUGGCCAAAAUUCACCCUGAAGGGAAAGAGAUGGUGGACAGAUUACGAAUUGCUUCAUACCUACCUAAACCUCCUGUGCAAUUAGUACCGAACUUGAAGCCAUCGAUGUCUGCCCUAGACUGGCUCCUGGUGAUACAGAACUACAUGAAGACACUGCAAUACAAUCAUACAGGAACUCAGUUCUUUGAAAUUAGGAAAACCAGACCGUUAAGUGGGUUGAUGGAGACCGCGAGAGAAAUGAUCCGGGAAUCUCUUCCUAUAAAAUGCCUUGAAGCUGUGAUACUUGGAAUCUACCUGACCAAUGGGCUUACCUCUAUGGAGCGCUUUCCCAUCAGCUUCAAAACGCAGUUCUCAGGGAACUACUUCCACCACGUGGUCCUAGGCGUUUACUGCAAUGGGCGAUACGGCUCUCUGGGCAUGAGCAGGAGGCCAGACCUUAUGGACAAGCCGCUAGCCUUCCGGACCCUGAGCGAGCUCAUCUUCGAGUUCGAGGACUCCUACCGCAAGUACCUGCACACGGUGAAGAAGGUGAAGAUCGGGCUGUAUGUGCCUCACGACCCGCACGUGUUCCAGCCCAUCGAGUGGAAGUACUUGGUGCUCACCUCCAGCAAGAUGGCACACGAGGAGAUGCGCAAGGAGAUGGAGAAACAUGCGCGGGACAUGAGAAUGAAGAUACUGAAGUCCUCAACAGCCCAGUCUCCUAUUAAAGAGCGAACAAGAGGCAAGUCGUUGUCUCCACGUCGAAGGCAAGCGAGUCCUCAGAGACGGCACAUUCGCAAAAGAGAUCAAUCGCCAGCAGCGAUAGACAAGAAACCGGCAGAACUUAGCACCUUGAAUGACGUGGCCUACCAGAUCCGGAUCUGAGGGGAGACCAUUGGGCAGAAUCUGUGAUCUUCCAUGGUGUGCCUACUUGCACUUUACCUUCCAGUCAGUUUUAAAUCUCGUAUGACUAUUUUAUUGCUUAUGGUAUGUGUACAGGAGGUAAGGCAACACAUUACACACGAGUCAAAAAAGCACCAAGGAAACUUUAAACUUACAUUGAAGAAACUCCUUGGUUGGCUGUAAUGGCUGUUAACAUUCUCAAUUAAAUUGUGCUAUAAGGAGGCUGUGUGGGCUAUUGUAUGUGUUUCAGCAUAGGGCUGGGAAAUGGCUAUAUUCCACUACAUUACAUUUCUAGGUUAAGGCAAGACAUUGUCAGACCUUCUGUUUCUGCCUCACUGUAAAUUACGUGUGGCAUAACUGUUACAAUACUGGAGGUAAACAAUCAAAUAAUGGUAUCAAUUUAAAAAUAUUUUAUUGUUAGUUAGUAUAAAAAGAAGCUUUUGUAUACAGUAAAUGGCCAACAAAUUAGUUAAAAAGUCCUUCUGUAAACUAUUCAGAUAUAUAUGGUCCUGUAUGAGCUGUUGGGAGUUUUGUGUUACAAACAUGUGAAAUCAGAAGAAUCUCUAUGCGUCACAUGAUAGUGGGUGCCUGUGCACCCAGCUUGUCCAUCGAUACUGGGUCUGCAUUUUCCAAUAAUGUUCAUCAGAAAACCAGCACCUGAAAGCACAAUUCUAGUCCCAAAGGUCAUGACAUGAAGGCCGCGGACAUGUGACAAACAAGACAUGGUCCAAAUCACAAACCUUCAAAAUUGGACAGGACACACAACUACGUGGUCCUUCCCACUGUUAAGGCCAUUCUAUAAUUUUGUGGCCAGUCCGUAUACAGUAUAUUGAGCUAUAUUUUAAAGAAAGGUUGAACAGAAAUUGUCUGAAAGAUGUAAAUCAAUGUCAACAGUAUAAACCUAGCUAAAAAUUUGUGGAAGGGAUCUGGUACACUAUUCUAAUUUUCUUGCUAGUUUUAUACUGUUAAAAUUAUUCAGCUCGGACAAUUUGCCUGUUCCUUUUUCACUUGCUUCAUUGUUGCUAAAAUCACUUGCCGUUUAAGGUAUCAUUGCUGUUGAGUAAUACUAAUUUAAUCACACAAAUAUUGUAGUUGAACUCUUAUUGUAUUAUUUAUUCUAUUUACUGUAAUUUGUUGCUUCUAAGCAAUGUUACCGGUACAUUAGACAUGAUAUUCCAGUUAGGCAGCCUAAUUACUGAAAGGUCUUGUUUAUGCUUUCUCUUAACUAGGAUUUUGAAAAUCCGGAUCAAAUAAUUUGUCUCAGAGAAUGAUGUAGCUGAGCUGAGAUUAGAGCACAGGGUCUCCUAUCUCCUUGUUUUCAAUUAGCCCUUUAUAGACAACACUGUCUCCUCUAUUAUCUCAGACAAUGUUUUUAUAUGUUCAAACAAUUCAAGAGGGUGGGAGAAAAAAAACUGUCCAUACAAUCCUCACAGUUUGUGUGUCCAGUUAAUACUUAUUUCAUUGCUAUUUACCUCUAUGUAUUUAAACAGUGACAUUUAACAGUGUGAAAGAAUCUUUGUCUUUGUAGAAUGUGUAAUGUGUAAUUGCAUACAAGGAUUGUUCUUGUUGAAGCAGUUCUAGAAAUGAAAUGGGUCUUAAUGCCUUAUUAAACUACAUCAUAUCAAAAGCAAAUGAAAAUAGCUGCUUUUUAAAUCAAAUCUUUUUAAACAAGGGAGCAAUUUUAAAAAAUAUUUUGUUAAAGGAAAGUAAAUAGGUUUUCAAAUUGGCAGCUAAUAAUGAUAAAGAAAAGACUUUCAAUUUGAGCCAUUGCCCACUGUUUAAGCUAAAAUGUGUUUUCAUUUGACUUUUAAACAGGAGAAAACAAGUGGCUUUCUGAAUUUUUUUUUUUCUUUUUUAACGUUGAAAAAAUGAAAUAGUAAUGUGAUGUUUUAGAAUAAACACUUUAAAAUAAUACCAAAGUGCUUUGCUCAUUGUCUGGUUCUGUCACUAACAAAUUCCAAAGCAAUGGCUGCUGGUCAGUAUUUUAAUGUUAUCUGUAUAACUAGAGAAUUCAGCUAAGUUAUUAAUGUUAUGAUGAAAAUCUUACAGUUGUGAAUUUGCAGCCAGUGAAGUCGUCUAAUUGAUCUACUGCUAUACUCUUUAGAUCAUUAAAAUAGGGCCCUUUAUAUACCAAAAUUAUGAGAAUCAAACAUCUAACCAUGCAGACUCGCUGGUGUAUUUCUGUUUGUAAAAAUAUGUAAAAUAAAUUAGGCAUUUAAACAUGGGCUUUGUUUACUAUACACACCAGCAUUCAGGUGAAUUCAGUAGCCACAUUAUUUUAAAGUGUUAUGAAAAUCAAACACAUUUUCAGUCUCACAAGAAAAAGUAAGCAUAGCUGCAGAUGUUGUCUGUUAUCCGAUGAAGUGCUGGCAUGCAAAAUGGAAUGCAAAACUUUGAAAUAGAAAGCAUUACAUUGUGUUUUAGUUAGUAUGGCAUAUAAAUACUGGAUAUGAAUUAAGAACCAUGGAUUAAUAUUCACACCCAUGCACCUUCCAUUAGUCUGACAUACUGUGAGAGUUUUGAGUUCAGUAAUGUGUUUAAUUAAGUGGCAUCAGCAAAGCAUGAACUGUCUUCAUUUUCUUAGCAUAAAUUGCACGUCGUGAGAAACAAAUAACCAGGAGAUGCCAAGAACAAUACGAUAUUGUGCUUAGCAUUUAGGACCUUUCAUUUUGGAUGUCCUGAUAUUGCAGUUGUAGUGCAGAAUGUGUGUGUGCAAAAUUGUGAUUCAAAAGUAGCUUUGUUUAUUAUUGAAUUUUAAUUACAGGACUGCCUUUCAGCUUAAACUAGGAUGUUACAAUUAAGCAAUAUUUGCAAAAAGUCAUAUGUAUACAUUUUAAAAAUAAAUAUUAGUUACUUGAAGUGAAGAAUGACCUUAAUAAGCCAAGACUGCAAAAACGGAUUUUGUGAAGUAAUUGUUAUAUCUGUUUGUUAUAUAUGUUUUUAGGUCGCAGGACACUUUUUAA